UGGGGCGCCCCGGUUCGGCGAUGUGAGGCGUCUCCGCCAGCGCGGCUGCCUCCCAUCCCCCCGCCAGCCCGGGAGGAAGGGAGCGGGGCGGCCUGCCGCGGCCUCUCCGGACGCGCAGCACGUCUCAAGAUGGCAGAAUUAUUUAUGGAAUGUGAAGAAGAGGAGCUAGAACCAUGGCAAAAGAGAGUGAAAGAAGUGGAGGAGGAUGAUGAUGAUGAUGAGCCAAUCUUUGUUGGGGAAAUCUCAAGCUCGAAGCCAGCUAGUACAUAUAUAUUGAACAGAGUCAACCUCAGCUCAUCACGAAGGGGGAUACAGAAUGGUGCACCCAGUAGAGGUACAGUUACUACAUUCAAGCCUGACAGUCACCAUUAUGCGACACCUGCCUCCAGCCCCAGUGCCAUGCCUGUUUCAUCAGUCUUUCAGUCUGUAUCCAGACCUACAACUAGCUCUGUAGCAGUUCAGCCAUUGUCUAUACCAGUGAAUGUUUCAGGAACUUCACAAACACUGCAGAGACCAGUUGCUGGAUGUUUAUCAACACAGCAGAUGCCUGGGUCAAGUUCUGGAACAUCACAGCCUGUUAGCAGACCUGUAACCAUUCCAGUGACGACACAGCCAGUAUCAAGAAGUAUCACAGUUCCUGUAGUGGCUCAACCUGUAUCCAGGCCAGUGACUACUGUAACAGCACAGCCUGUGAUACUCAAUCAGGAUUAUAUUAUGGAUUCUCCACCAGCUGCACCAGAUAAUACAUCUGGUAUACUGUUUGGUGUGAGACAGAACUCGGGAGUUCCACAGUACGAGACUGGGCCAGCAGUGAAUGUAACAGGUCUGAAUGAGAGUGGUUUUGUAUCUAAGCGUCCUGCUACUUCUGAAGGCAACAGUGUAACUCCAAAAAAGGCCAAGCCUAAUGAGGUUGGUGCUGGAAGCAAUUCAGCUGUUUCACCUACAGUUAACCCUCCAACAGUAACACCAUCACAAAAUGUAUCUUCAAAAGGUACAAAUGCUGCAUCAAGCACCAUUAAAAAUGGAGGACCUUUUCCACGAGCUUGUCCAAAGUGCAAUAUUCAUUUCAAUCUUAUGGAUCCUCUAAAAAAUCAUAUGAAGUAUUGUUGUCCAGAUAUGGUAAAUAGCUUUUUCCUGGGAAUGGCCAAAACAGAAUGUUCGAGCACAACAAGCAAGACUGCUGAAUCUGAGAAAGGAAAAUUGAUUAUGUUAGUUAAUGACUUUUAUUAUGGGAAACAUGAAGGUGACAGCCAGCAGGUACAACAGGAGCAGAAGACUCAUACAACAUUUAAGUGCUUCAGUUGUCUGAAAGUUCUUAAAAAUAACAUAAGGUUUAUGAACCACAUGAAACAUCACUUGGAGCUUGAGAAGCAGAGCAGUGAAAGCUGGGAAAGCCACACUACCUGCCAGCACUGUUACCGUCAGUUUCCCACUCCAUUCCAGCUGCAGUGCCACAUUGAAAGUACACACACGCCUUACGAGUCAUCUACGAUUUGUAAAAUCUGUGAAUUAUCAUUUGAAACAGAGCAAGUUCUUUUGCAACAUAUGAAGGACAAUCAUAAGCCAGGUGAAAUGCCGUAUGUUUGCCAGGUAUGCAACUACAGAUCCUCAGCUUUUUCAGAUGUAGAAACACAUUUUAGAACAGUUCACGAAAAUACGAAACAUCUGCUAUGCCCGUUUUGCCUCAAAGUCAUUAAAAUCGGAGCACCAUAUAUGCAUCAUUACAUGAGGCAUCAGAAAAAAGGAAUAUACCGUUGCACUAAGUGCAGACUGCAAUUUUUGACAUGCAAAGAAAAAAUGGAUCACAAGACUCAGCAUCACCGAACAUUUAGGAAACCCAAACAGCUAGAAGGAUUGCCUCCUGGAACAAAGGUGACUAUUCGAGCAUCUGUGGGAUCUCUUCAAUCAGGAUCAUCAGCUACGUCUUCUGUUAGUACAAGCACUUCCACGUUUCAGUUAUCACCUAAAGCUAAAAGUACAACCACUAAAAAUCAUAACAAAUCUAAUACGAAUAAGUCAAAAGCAAAAUCAAAACCAACUACAUCGAAGAAGCAAAGUGCAUGGACCAACAGCAAAAAAAAAAAAGAAGUUACAAAUACAGCAUUGCAUAAUCUAAGGUAUCGUUUGGGAGCUCACAAAUGCAUCGAGUGUUACUCGGAAAUAAAAGACUUUGCAAGCCAUUUUCCUGCUUAUGUCCACUGUAGCUUAUGCAGAUACAACACUAGCUGUAGCAAAGCCUAUGUGAAUCACAUGAUGAGUUUUCACAGUGCUCGUCCAAGUAAAAGAUUUUGGAUCUAUAAGAAGCAUUCAGAAGAGCUACGAGGUGUGACUGUAGUGUGUCUUAACUGUGAUUUCCUGACUGAUGUUUCUGGCUUAGAUAGCAUGGCCACACAUCUGAGUGAAAGCCACACUCAUACUUGUCAAGUUAUUAUAGAGAAAGUUUCUGUAGAUAUCCCAACUGCUGAACAAGUAUCUGAGUUAAAGACUGAAAUCUCCAUUAGAGAGAGAGAAGCUAAGUUGGAGAAAAUUUCAAGACCUAGUUUAUCUGAAGGAAAAACAGAAACACCAACUUUUGAAAGCAAACAAGAGCAUGACUCUUCAGACGAAACAAAAGAAUGCAAUAGAAAUCAAGCUAAAAAAGUUGCAUCAGUUGAAAAGAAUGAAGAAAACUCAUCAUUGUCAAAUACAGAAAAUGUUCCUAGUUUGGAACUCCCUGACAACAGCUCAAAGAAUUCUUUGCAUGAGAAAGGAGCAUGUUGUGAUUCAGAUAAUAACAAACAAUUAGUAGAUGAGAAACAAAAAUGUUUUCAUGAUGAAAUUGAGUUGAAAACUUGCCAAAGUUCAGAUAAUGUUAUCUUGAAUGAGCAGACUAAAGUACGUAGCUUGGAUGAAACUACCCUUUCAGCAAUGAACGCAAGGGACUUAAAACUAACAUUGGGUGAAGAUGUUAGUUUUGAGCAGUUCUUGAGAAAGAGAGAUGAACCUGAAUCCGUUAGUUCAGACAUUAGUGAACAAGGCAGCAUUCAUUUGGAGCCUUUGACUCCAUCAGAGGUACUAGAGCAUGAAGCUACUGAAAUUCUUCAAAAAGGUAAUGUUGCAUCUUCGUCAAAGAAAGCUGGACAACUCUCUGAACAAACAGAUGAUACUUCUAAAGAAAGCAGUCCCAACAGAAUGGAAACAACUGUAAACAAGACAGACGAAAAUGAAGCAAGCUGAAAUUAUGUUAAUUUUAUUGUUUGUUGUAAACAAUGGUAAGAACACCAUGGACCAUUCCUGAUGAGUGUGCUCAUUGAUGCUAAUUAUUAAAAAAAAAA